GCGGCGGUAGUCAAGUGUCGCCGUUGACCCUAAGGAAAUCGAACCCUGCUAAGAAAUCCACGAUUCGGAUGACCACCGAUACUCCAUUCCGUUCACUUGGAGGCGCAACAACAAACGGACCAACAGACGCGAAUUUCACGAGAUUAGCGGUUCAAGUGGAGUAAGUGCAGUAUGGGCGCGGCUGGCAGUAGUAGUGGCGGACCAGGCCCAUCGCCACCCUCGAGGGAACAGGGCGGGGGAGCAGCGUUUGUCUACGGGACAGAGGAAUCCUUCUCUCCGGAAUACGCGAACGAAAAUAUACGACAAAGGACGAGGAGCAGCGUGUUCGACGUGGGUGAAGAACCCCGAUCGCAGGGUCCGAGUCCUUACGCGACCUUCAGAGGCGAAGAAUGGUGGAGUCAAAGACCAUCUGCCCCGAGUCUGUCCAAUUUACGGCCUCCGCCACGCGAAACUCUGUUGACGUACGCCGCGCAGAUGACAGGUUGGCAGACGGCCGAGGGGCACAGCCCUUCGUUUUCUCACCAGCACCAAGAGGCAACGGAGCUGUCUAAGGUGAUCUCUCAGCUCGCGAUGGCUAAUCAGCAGCUAGCCACAGCUCACACGUCCACUUUGGCUCAUUUGGAAGCGUUGUACGUGGAACUGGAACGCGAAAGAGAAUUUCGAAAACGUACACUUUCCUCCGAAACGUUGGACGAUGGUCUGAAGAAGAGGCUGAGCAUCGAGCACGAGCGAGAGGACGAGGACGAAGAGGAGAGACGGCGAAUGGAGGCUAGAAUCGAGAGAUUGGAGAACCUGUUGACCGACGACGUAGACACUUGUCAGAACAGACAGAGGAAUCUUCGUGUGGAGGAGGACAGGAAGCUCAGAUCGAGGAUAGAGAGGUUAGAGAGCGUGAUAAAGUCUCGCGGAUUGGACAGAGAGGACGAGAGACAGAGGCUCGCGAUUGUCUGUGAUUCAACGGAGGCGCAGAGUUUGUCGGAACGCCGACAGAUAGACGAUGUCGCGCGUAACAGGCUCCCUAGCCGCACCGACGUACCUGAAGACAAAUCUAAAACUCAGAUCUCGAUGGACGACGAGGUUAGAACUAUUUCUAUUCCUAGAAUAAGCGUAACGCACGGGGAUGAUCAGGAUCGAGACGCGAGGUCUCGCGAUCAGAUGGAUCGUUCGACGGUGAAUUUGCAUUUAGAAAAGUCGAAGGAAUAUAGACAAGAAGGUGAAGAAGAGGAGAGAUUGGCGGGGAAGGAAGUGCUCAGGCUGUCGGAGGAAGUUGAGAGACUGAAGGCUGAGCGAUUAGAGUACAAGAGCGAAAACGUGAGGCUGGAGAGAGAGUUGGACGAGCAGAAGGCGAUUGUCAGCAAGCUGACUAAGGAUUGCGAGGAGUUAAUGGUGAGACACGAAGAGGUGGAAUCAAGUUUGCAAGAACGCGGAGAAGUGUACGAGAAAUUGAUGACGAAGUUGGACGUUGCUACGAAGGAAACUGAAAGGUUACUGAAAGAAAUCGACGCGUUCAACGCUCAGAAAGACACUGCCGAUGCGAGGAUCUCGAGUCUGGAGCAAGAUCUGCAGAAUUCGUUGUUAGAAAUAGAGCAAAUCAGGAACACUGAGAGCCAGAAGAGUUUGAAGUUAAAGGCGCAGCUGUCGGAAGAGAUUUCUGAUAAAAAGAAGCAGAUUAAGGCUCUCGAGGACGCUUUGGCCGAGAUUCAAAGACUGAAGGAGACUAUCAAGACUGAGGGGAAAGGCGAGGAUGAUGACGAUUCGAAAGAAGACGUUGUUCCAAUCGAAUCGAUAGACGACCCACAGGAGAGCCCGCCGGCAGAUCGCUCGGCGAACAUCGAAGAAUUCAAGAAGGAGUUAACUCUGAAGAGGGAAGCCAGACAGAGGGCAAUUGCCGCCGUUUCGUCGGAAAUGGAGCGACUCAGACGCGAAUUAGACGCGGAGAAAGAGGCUCAUUCGGAGACCUCGAGGAUGUUGGACCUUUUAAGGUCCGCUCAGAACGAUGCUCAAGCUGAGAAGAUCGCGGCAGAGGAGAACUCGAAGAAAUCGACGGAGAAAGAUGAGAAACCAGACGAGGACAAGUUGAACGCGCAACUAUUGGAGGCUCGACGAUUGACGAAAAUUCUAAAGGUAUCCGACGAGCUGAGGAACGACAUCCGCAUCCAAAUAGACAAAGUGGACGAUCUCCGUUAUCAAUUGGAGACCGAGCCCGAUCAGCAUCGCUACAGAAUCCGUUGUCUAUCGGACAUUGCGAAUCGGACACGCGAGGCGGUUUACACGCGCGAACGUCGUGCCAGCGAGUUGAAGGACCAUCUCGCCGAGCUUCUGCUCGAGCUGAGAGACAGAAACUUCUCAGAGUUGAAGGACGACGUUGGACUGGAGUGCGAACGUCAGCUGGAGAACAUCAAUAGCCUGAAGAGCCUUUACAACGAGCGGCUGAAAGUGCUGAGCGAACUGAAAGAGGCGGCCUGCAGGGAGCUGGCGGAGACCAAGUCGAGAUUGGACCAUUCUCUCAAGCAGUGCGAGUGUUUCGAAGAGGAUCUAAAGAAGGCUGACGAGAAGAUCGACGCACAGGAUACGGAGAUAACGAAUUUGGAGUCUCAACUGGGGCUGACCAAGGCGGAUUGCAGGGAUUUGCAGAACCAGAUGUCGUUGAUCAAUGGUCUGUUCACGCAGAUGCUGCUUGGUGCCACCUCUGCCGACAUGGAUCUCGAUCGACUGACUCAGUUACUUCAGGAGAAUCACGAUCUCAUUUGCGACAUGGCGAGAGAGGAGGGCACCGAAGCGGCGGCACUUCCCAAGCUUCUUCUCGAUUUGAUCGAGCAAGUCGAGGGCAGUAAAGGAUGUCAGAGACGAGCCAACGGAGAGAAUGGAGGCGAGGGUGAAACGGAGAAGAAAGAGGAGGAUCUGCAGCAAGAGGACAUAGCUCACAACCUGCCCAAGGUCUGGCGUGUUCUCUUGGAAUUGUUGAGCUGUCACGCGGAAGGCAAUUCACCUGCUUUCGCCGAGCCAUGCUCCGAUCCUAAUAUUUGUUACAAAUCGGUCGAUACUCCGGCUGGUCCUAGAUUAGUCAUAUCAGUUAGCAAAACGUACAUUCGUUUGAAAGAAUUGAUAUUGGAGAAGAAGCACUUGGAGAAAGAGAUGAAUCGAAUGAAACAGCUGAAUACCCAUUUGGAAAGUAAACUUGGAGAGCAGGAAAAGAGAUUAUCAGCAGUGUCAGUGGAACUGACUAAAACUUGGACCAUAGUCGACCGAAUGCAAGCUCAGCAUCAACAACUGCACACUCACGAGAAGAUCCUCCGAUACGAGUUGCAACAGAAGCGUAAAAUGUUGCAGGAGUUGAAGCAAGAAUUAGAAUAUUGUCGUGAGAAAUGGGAAUCAGCUAGACAGAAGAACACGAACACUGAAUUAGAAUGGAGAAGCUUGAGGAGAGAGUUUGCUGCUAGAAAAGCUUUGGUUGCUCAUGAUUCGUUCAAUAAUAGUGCUGAAAGUGGGUUCAGUGACGAACGAGGAGACGACACAGACGAAGAAGACAACGCUGUGGAGGAGAGACUAAGGCUAGGUCCACGCAGAAGACCAAGAAAGGAGAGUCCUCGAGUACCGUCACCAGACACAGAAUCAGAACAACCAACAGAUACAGAAUUAUCCUCAGCAAUGUUGGAGCAGCGAACUUCUACUCCAGAAACGGACGGGGAAUUGGACGAAACUGAAGGCACAGACUCUACUGUUAAUACAGAAUCCACGACUACGACAGAAACACCGCUAAUUCCAGAAAGUCCUCAAGAAUCGCUGAAUCCUCUGGACCAGGCUCUAACCAACGUCAUUCAGAAUCUCAUAGGAAUUGACGACAGUAUCACGUCAACCUCAGAAGCCUUCACAGAUCCAACCAACGAAAUAAUCGAGAAAGAAGAUUCAACGUCAACAGUGUCUCACACUUUGGAGCCAAUCGUCGAAUCCUGGAGCACAUCUGAACCAGACUCGCUAAAAAUCACCAACAACGAAGAUACCGAAGAAGCUCCUGAGGUUAUCGUUGCAGAAAAAGAGGAGCAGCCAUUGUCUAUCGUUCCAGAAGAACAGGGACAGCCAUCGAUCAUCGCUUCAGCAGAAGAAGAGAAGCCAUUGCUCGCCGCAGAAGAAACUGAAACCGCACCAGAAACGGCCGGUGAGAAAGCAAAGAGCGAGGAACCUUUGAAUUCGUCUGUGUCCCACGUACCCAAUGUGAUCAGUGCAGUCUCUAUCACUCAGCCUGUGUUCUCCAUCGGGCCUUUCCUCUCGUUUAACGUCUCACCUUCGACUGUGAAAAACGUCCAGUUCAGCGAUCCGUUGAUCGUUGGUCCGUCUAAUCGAUUUUUUGCUCCAGUUUUCGGUGCUUCCCUGUCCGACGAACAAUUUCCACCAACUGUGGACGCGUCGACGUGUCAUGAAGCCGAAUCGAAGGAGAAAAGGUGUACCAGGACAGCGGAGAGCAUCGUCGACUCGGACAACAUAUCUGUCGACUCGACUUCCAGUUUGGACACCGUCAAAGAGUUCUCGACGAUCGAACCGGUGUCUUCGGGUCUUCCAAGUGAAACUGUUAAAGCGGAAACGAGUUCCUCCGAAGCUUCCGGCGGCUCGUCGAAGCAGGCAGAGAAGAAAGUAGCCGGUGCGAAGAGUAGAACACCGGAAGAAGCUUUAGCCGCUAGGGAAGACAGGUUGAAGAGGUUAGAGGAGCAGGCGAAAUGGUUGAUGAACAAGAUGAACGCUACCAGUAGAAGAGGUUCUGCUUUGAGUACCAGAUUGGAGGAGCUUCACGAAGUUUAUGGAGAACCGCCUGUUCCUCCUCCUAUGCCUGACGUCCUGCCUAGUCGAAGGUUGAGGACGAAUUUGUCGGAUCUACCUCGUCAGGUACCUGAAUCAUCGACCACCGAGGAUGCUAAAAAUACCGAGGAGCCAGUCUCGAGCGGCGAUUCCAACGAAUCAUCGUCGAAUAACGCGCCUUGAGACGCCCAUGAUUUUUUAAUUGCACGAUUACA